CCUCAAGAAAGAUGGCCGCAGCCUGAAACGAGCCCGGUCCCCGGCGUAGCGGGCGCUGCGCUCACGGACCCCGGCGCGGGGAGCGAGGCCGGGCUGGGUAUGUCCAGAUGCCGAGACACUUCCUUGUUGCUCCAGCUUUCUUGAAUGUGAGCAUCUGCAAGCAUGGGAGCACAUGCCGUUAGCUGCUUGUCCUCAGCCUUAGCUGUGCUGGGACAUAGAACCCUCUGCAGCACCCAGGGUUGGCUUGAAGCUGUGACCUCACUCACUCCUCUGCCUCCCCCAGCUGCCAGCCCACAUCGUGCAGCCAGCCCACGUUCUAGACCCAAGUGUGAUGGCAUCCAGGCAGGUUCCCCUCUGUAGCCUGGCUUCACACUGCCUCUGGCUCCUGGGGGUUGUUCUUCUGAUGGACGUGUCUGCACGGCCUGCUAACCACUCUUCAACUCGGGAGAGAGUAGCCAUCAGGGAACAGAAUGAGAUCCUGCCCCCAGACCACCUGAACGGGGUGAAGUUAGAAAUGGAUGGGCACCUCAACAAGGACUUCCAUCAGGAGGUCUUCCUGGGCAAGGACAUGGAUGGGUUUGAGGAGGAUGCAGAGCCGCGCAGGAGCCGCAGGAAGCUGAUGGUCAUCUUCUCCAAGGUGGACGUGAACACUGACCGAAAGAUCAGUGCCAAGGAGAUGCAGCGCUGGAUCAUGGAGAAGACAGCAGAGCACUUCCAGGAGGCCAUAAAGGAGAACAGGGUGCACUUCCGCGCUGUGGAUCCUGAUGGUGACGGCCGUGUGUCUUGGGAUGAGUAUAAAGUGAAGUUUUUGGCGAGCAAAGGCCAUAGCGAGAGGGAGGUUGCUGAUGCCAUCAGAAAUAAUGCAGAACUCAAGGUCGACGAGGAAACACAGGAAGUCCUGGAGAACCUUAAAGACCGCUGGUAUCAAGCUGACAACCCGCCUGCGGACUUGCUGUUGACUGAGGACGAGUUCUUAUCCUUCUUGCACCCUGAGCACAGCCGGGGCAUGCUCAAGUUUAUGGUCAAGGAGAUCAUCCGGGACCUGGACCAGGAUGGCAACAAGCAGCUCUCUCUGCCUGAGUUCAUCUCCCUGCCUGUGGGCACUGUUGAGAACCAGCAGGGCCAGGACAUUGACGACAGCUGGGUGAGAGACAGAAAGAAGGAGUUUGAAGAGCUCAUUGAUUCCAACCACGAUGGGAUUGUGACCCCCGAGGAACUGGAGAAAUAUAUGGACCCCAUGAAUGAGUACAACGCCCUCAACGAGGCCAAGCAGAUGAUUGCCAUCGCAGAUGAGAAUCAGAACCACCACCUGGAGCCAGAGGAGGUCCUCAAGUACAGCGAGUUCUUCACGGGCAGCAAGCUGAUGGACUAUGCUCGCAACGUUCAUGAGGAGUUCUGAGCCGCCAUCCCUCCCACCCCUUGCAAAGCCACUGUUUCCCUCACUCCUCUCUGACCCUCCAUACCUGUGAGGGAGGUGCUGGGUUGGUCACGCCUGGGCAGGUGACUCUGGGCUCCACCACUGCCCUGAGCCCUCCCUCCCUCCUGCUGCUGCAGAAUGGCAGGGUGGGUUCAUUAAAGAUGUGCUGUGACAGGCCACAUGCUCCUCUGUGUCCCAGCCCCUGGCAAUGUCACCAGGCCUACUCCAGUCACAGCUGCAGCAGAGUGCUCAGCGGUCCCUCCAAGUUGCUGCAUCUUGCUUCAGAGAACUGCUCAGUGUCAUUCUGCUGAAGCACUGACAGGGCUUACCAAGCUGUGGGAAACAGGGAAAUAAUGUAACACCUGCCAUGUCCUUGAAAACUGAAAGAUUGAGACACUGUUAUGUUGUGCUUAGCUGGAAAUGAGUAGCCAAGAAGGAAGUUAAGGGGAGGACACCUUCUUCUUGGGAGGCCAGGUAUGUCCUGGGUGGGGGGGCCUCCCUGGGCCUGUCAGCACCAGCCAGGUCAGGAGCUGCACCCUCUGAGAAUAUGCAAAUAUUUGUUGUGGCAGGAGUCACAUUACUUUACUUUAAAUAUAUACUUGCCUUUUUUCUCUCAGCUUCAUUCUUUGGGUGGAAAUAAAACACAAUUUGGAACAUUUGUGGCCCAAUGGCUUCCCCUUUCAGCAUUUGAGGUGGGCAGUUGGAUUAAUAAAGGGGGCUUGCAGCUUUUAUUGAA